AUGGCCCUGCCACAAAAACUCAAAAUACUGGUUGGUACAUACAACAUAAACCAACAACAGAUCUAUCAACCCCUAAAAGACUGGCUUUUCUCGCUCAACGACGAUUCAUCCUUUACGAUUAUCGAUAAACCAGAUGUUCUAGCAAUUGGGUUUCAAGAAUUUUCGUCUUAUCCAUAUGCGUUUAUAAAGGUAGACACCGCUCGACUUCAACACUAUUCAGAACUCAUAGAAAAAGCAAUUAUAGAAUGCACCCACGAAAGUUAUACUCAGGUGGUUAAAGAAUGCAUGGUUGGCUUGUCGUUAUUUGUAUAUGUUCGUGAUUCGACUGUAAUGAGACACGUGAAACAAAUCGAGACGGAAAAGGCGGGAGUUGGGCCUUUUUGGAUAGGAAACAAAGGGGCCGUGGCGGCUUUUUUGAAACUUGGGUCAUCUCGAGAGGACGGCGAGGAUGAAAGAGGUGUCUCUUUAUGUUUCAUAUGUGCUCAUUUGGCGGCACAUAAUCAUAACGUUCAUUUGAGGAAUACGCAUUUUAAACGUUUAUGCGAACGUCUACUAUUUCCCAAAGCGAGUGAAGAUAGAGAGUCGAUAAAAGAGGAAGCGAGCACGUCAUCAACGUCAUUAUUACCAAAAAGGUCGAAUGCUUCAACAUCAACUAAAGGGACCAAUUUAGAAAUAAACCGCGGAAAUUAUUAUAGCAUAUAUGAUAGUGAUUACUUAUUCUUUUUUGGAGAUCUAAAUUAUCGAAUAUCUUUGGAACACCCAACCCACCCAACAAUCACUCUUGCCUCCUUGGUUAACGCGUUACGAGAACGACAACAUCAUCAUCUUUAUCGCUAUGAUCAGCUUUCCAUAGCAAGAACAAAAGGCACCACAUUACAUGGAUUUGAAGAAGGUCAACUGAGUUUUGCGCCAACAUACAAAUUUCAUUUGGGCAGUAGUGAAUAUAAUACGAAAUUAAGAAUUCCAGGAUGGUGUGAUAGAAUUUUAUAUUUUUGGCAUCGUGAAAAUGAUCAAGUCAAUGCUAAUAAAAUUAGUGAAGCGGUUGUUGAUUACGUAACAUCAGCGGAAGGGUCAACUUCUACAGCAACGUCAAAGGAAUCGAUAGCGUUGAGAGAAAGCGAACCUUUAAUCAAACUUGAAAAUUAUGUUUCUCACCCACAAUACACAUUAUCUGAUCAUAAACCGGUCUCUGCACUAUUCACGGUGACGACACUAAAACCAAGUCAGCGAAAGAGAACCUUUGAAUCUCCCUUCAAGCUUGACCCCUGGUAUAAGAUGAAAAGACAAAUCGGGGAAAUUUUUGCAAGAAUUGUUGGUGCGUUGUGGUGGAUUGGUGGUACGCCAACUGGUGUUGGUAUCUUGAUUAUCGGAGCUACGACGUUUGGUGUUGGUUAUUAUUAUUUUUAUUCUUAUUACAAGGGUAAAUUAAUGCAUGGUCCUUGA